AUUAUUCACUUCCCUCUCUCAUCUGCUUCUCCCUCUAUAUAAAGCCCCUCCGCUUGACCUCUCAUCUCUCCAAAGACAAAGGUCCUAGCUAGAGCUCCCAACAAACUCUCCCACAUAGCUUCCUCCUAGAGAGAGAGAGAGAGAGAGAGAGAGAAAGGUUUUUGCAUGGAGAUUAUAGUUUCCAUCUUGCCAUACAUAUUGCUGUUCCUGUCCACACUCCUCUCAUACCCCUUCAUAAUAAAGAAGAAGAAGAAGAAGAAGCACUCAUCACCACCACAACCCAAACUGCACUUUCUUGCAGCUGCUAACAGCUAUCGCAAUAAGCUACCCCCUGGCUCAAUGGGGUGGCCUUACAUAGGAGAGACGCCUCAACUCUAUUCCCAGGACCCAAACAUCUUCUUUGCUUCCAAGCAGAAAAGAUAUGGAGAUAUAUUCAAGACCCACAUACUAGGUUGUCCAUGCGUUAUGGUGGCGAGCCCAGAAGCCGUUCGAUUCGUGCUGGUGAGUCACGCCCAUUUGUUCAGGCCGACUUACCCGAAUAGCAAGGAGAGGCUCAUUGGUCCUUCGGCGAUCUUCUUUCAUAGCGGUGACUACCACACCCAGCUCAGGAGGCUGGUCCAGAGCUCUCUGGCUCCCGAAGCCAUCCGGAAGAAGAUCCCGGACAUCGAAGCAAUCGCAUCUUCUGCCUUGGAGUCGUGGGCUUCUUUAGGAACGGUCGUUAACACAUUUCAGGAGAUGAAAAAGUUCUCCUUUGACGUCGGCAUACUAUCGAUAUUCGGCCGCUUGGACGACAGUUACAGGCAGAUCUUGAAGGAGAACUACUGCAUAUUGGAUAAAGGAUACAAUUCGUUUCCGAAUACAGUACCCGGCACAGCAUACCACAGGGCCCUCAUGGCAAGGAAGAGGCUGGGUCAUAUCUUGGGAGAGAUAAUUCGGGAAAAGAGGGAGAAGAGGACCGUGGAGAAGGACCUGCUGGGACAGUUGCUCAACUUUAGAGAUGCUAACGGCGGGACCCUGACAGACGAGCAAGUCUCCGAUAACAUCAUCGGGGUGCUGUUCGCUGCCCAGGACACGACUGCCAGCGCCCUCACAUGGAUCCUCAAGUAUCUCCACGACCACCAGAAACUUCUCGAUGCUGUCAAGGAGGAGCAAAUGGCGAUUCUCGAAAUGAAUGGAGGAAAGAGACCUUUGACCUGGGCACAGACACGGAACAUGCCCAUCACACACAGGGUUAUAUUGGAGAGCCUGAGGAUGGCCAGCAUCAUAUCGUUCACUUUCAGGGAGGCGUUAGUUGAUGUGGAGUACAAAGGAUAUGUGAUCCCGAAUGGUUGGAAAGUGAUGCCAUUGUUCAGGAAUAUCCAUCACAACCCAGAUUUCUUCCCUGAUCCCCAGAACUUUGAUCCAACUAGAUUUGAGGUGCCACCAAAGCCCAAUACAUUUAUGCCAUUUGGCAACGGGGCACACUCAUGUCCUGGAAAUGAGCUAGCCAAGCUGGAGUUGUUCAUCUUGAUCCAUCACUUGGUCACCAAAUACAAGUGGGAAGUAGUGGGAACCCAGAGUGGGAUUCAGUAUGGUCCAUUCCCGGUCCCUCUCCACGGCCUCCCAGCGAGAUUUCGAAAAGAUUUGGGCUGCAUCGAACAAGAUGCUUGCCCUUGAGCAGAUCACCGAUCAGCACAACGACAGGACUACUCCUUAUCUCGUCCCACCUCACUACUCUCGUAUGUGCCACUAUUUAGAACAGAUUGAUAUAUCUUGUAGCUACUGCAGUCUAACGGAGCCCCAUCCUUUUUUUUAUCUUAUGGGUCUCUUCCAAAUAAUAGUUCCAUUUCCAUCUCAUAUGCAUCCAAUUUUUGCAAGCCGUCCAGUUAUUAUUGAAUUGUAACCGCAUUCGAAAUUUCACUGGGGAUGUAAGUCUAGCAAUGUAAUCAUUUAAGAAAAAAUGCACUGGAAAAUUAAUGGGUAAAUAUCUCUUCCCAGGAAGUUGUUGCAGAA